CAGCAUAUUGAAACAGAGUCGCUAUUGUUCACCGCGGAACAGCCUGUGUGUUUUAUACAGUCGCAGAGACAGUGGAACAAGGAAGACAUCGCGCCACACGGUCGUCACCUACCUGUUGAAUAUUACCUACUGUUUAAUGAUCAGGUCAGGUGUUGGGUUGACAAGUUACUCACUGUCGAAGAACAAAGUCGAACCUGGAAAUAAAGGAUAGUCAGUCGAGUUUAAUCGAGGUAAAGGCGGAAGGAAGGAGGAAUUGUGGAAGAGGUAGCCAUUCAAAUGUUCUAGCCGGACAGACAGACCACCGGAUUUAUCAACCGACCAAAAACAGAUUUAUUGACGACACCACACGAUGCCUUUAGGACUGAGACGAAAUAAGAACAAGUCGAGGGAGAGCUCGAACCUGGUGGAGAAUGAGGAGGUCGGUGGACACACCGGUGGGCGCUCCGUGAAGUCGACGGUAAACGGAGCGGGGCUCCCACCACCACCUGCUAACCUGCGGCCCAAACUAGUGUUCCACACUCAGCUAGCCCACGGCAGCCCCACGGGAAGGAUCGAUGGAUUUAAUAACGUCAAAGAACUCUACGGGAAAAUAGCUGAGACGUUCAAUUUAAGUCAACCAGAGAUCCUGUUCUGUACAUUGAACACCCAUAAGAUCGACAUGGAGAAGCUGCUUGGUGGUCAGAUCGGCCUGGAGGACUUUAUAUUCGCCCACAUUAAGGCGAUUAAGAAGGAGGUGGAGGUGUUUAAGUCCGAGGACGCCCUGGGACUCACCAUCACAGAUAACGGGGCGGGAUACGCCUUCAUCAAGCGUAUCAAGGAGGGCAGUGUUGUGGAAAAGGUGAAGGGGAUCUCUGUAGGAGACCACAUAGAAUGCAUCAACGGCAAGAACAUAGUGGGAACACGUCACUACGAGGUGGCUCGCAUGCUGAAGGAGCUGCCGAAGGAGCAGAAGUUCACCCUCAAACUGGUGGAGCCCAUGAAGGCCUUCGAGAUGCUGGAGCCGAGGUCGAAGGGAGUCAAGCCGGCCAGUGACAAUAAGAUGGGGACAGGGAGAGGGACUCUGAGACUUCGCUCCAGGGGCCCUGCUACCGUAGAGGAAGUGCCGACAGAGUUUGAUGAGAGAGCAGUGCAGAAGGUGGAUGACCUACUGGAGACUUACAUGGGUAUCAGAGAUACAGAACUGGCGGCGACCAUGGUAGAGGUGGGUCGGGACAAGAAGAACCCUGAUGAGUUUGCCAUGGCCCUGGACGAGGCCCUCGGAGACUUCGCUUUUCCUGACGAGUUUGUGUUCGACGUCUGGGGCGCUAUCGGAGACGCCAAACAGGGACACUUUUAA